AUGGGGUCCGCCUAUAACCCGGAUGACGAUCCCAGUCCUUUAUCGUCCCCCUUAGGGCCCCUCUCGGAGUCACCCGAGACACAGUCUCCCUUUCGAAGACUGUCCUUGCAGACAGACGUGCCCUUCCGGAGGUCGGUCGAUAGCGCGUCCUCCGGAUAUGAUCCUCUUUCCAGGUCAGUACUGUCGUCGGAAAUUCUUUGCAGCGGCAACCGCAAUCAGACACUAUUGACACCUGCAUCGCGUGUCAGCAGAUCUCCUUUAUUCGAGAACGAGCAUGGCCUUGGUCCGACCGGGCUGGAUCGAAUCCGCCAGCAACAGCCGUCUCGUGUGCUGACACUACCAAACCUCUCCACGUCGUCGCUGGCUCCCGUGCCCGGCCAACGCGCGUCUGCGUCCACCCGUUCGCGCUCGUCGACUCGAGCCCAUCCCGCUCGCAUGUCGAUGAGCCAGAGUUUUGGAGAUCUGGAGGAUCUCCAUCGGUUCCCGCUGGAAUCGUUGCAUUCGUUUUCAUUCGCUCAGCAGUCAGAGGAACUCCUCCACAGCCGGCAUAAUAUUUUGAAGCGGUCGAUAGAUUUCAUGCGCGAUCGGAUAGGAUGGGCAGCCAGCAACCCCGGGAUCGCUAAUGCGCAGGCUCAAGUCAGUGGCGACUCGGAGAUCCAGGGUAUGAUGGACCUAUUGACGCGAGCAAAUGUCCUUGAAUACGACGAGACUGGCAACCGUGCCCGAGGACCUACCACCGGACCGGCCGAUAUCAAUGGCGACAACAUUUUCGAGAAGGCCUUUCACUCGGACUCGUCUUCGCCCAGCACUACGCAGCAACCGCCAAGUUCCGGGUCUCCGCUGGUCUCGGAUAACUCUCAGUUGUUGAGUCCCCUCCCCAGUGAUCGUAUUCCGCCCCAGCGAAUGGACCUCAAGAGCGCCCCUUCGUCCAGGCGCGUAAGCUUAAAACGUACAUACACGGAUCUCAGCACUGUGUCUCUCCAGAGCAAGCUGAUGGAGACUCUAGCACAACCAUACACUUCCACGGACCCGUUCGCCUCGCUCAGCUCGUCGAUGAAUGGACUGGGGUUCCCAACCCCGGCCUUGCAUACCCACAGCAGCAAAUGGACCCCGGUUUCACAGGCCGUCUUCCGGACCGAAGCCCAGGCACCAUGGACUAUUCUGGCCGCCAACGAUCUCUCCUGUCUUGUAUUUGGUGUCAAGCAGUCUGAAGUCCGCCGGCUCAGUAUCUUAGAGGUCGUACAGAAAGAGCAUCGGCAAUGGCUCGAGGACAAGCUCCGUGACCCCAGCACCGAUGCUACAGCCCGCGCACCUCUGCAGCAGCCAGAUAGACCCAAUGUCCGCGCAGCCAACCCCAAGUUCAGGGACCUCGGGAACGGGGUGACGGCGCAGUUGCUGAGUAAACCGUCCUCCCGGGAAAAAACACAACGCUCCAAGACGGAUGACGGGUAUGGAUCCAGCACGAGAAAUGUCCGCAACCCCAAUCAUCCGGCCACUAAGUCGCGCGGCGUCUUGUUGUGUGGCGAUGUGGUUCCGAUCCAGAAACGUAAUGGUUCGAAGGGAUCGGCUAGUGUCUGGGUUAUGGAGAAGCGCGGUGGCUUGAUCUGGGUGUUGGAAGAGAUCACGGAGAACAUUGCCUCCGUGCGCUGUGAUGGCAGUUGGCAUGUGGUGGAUGUCCAUGGAGAUGCCGACAAGAUUUGGGGUUCGUCGAUCGUCAAACCGGACCAGUUGAUCACCGAGCUUCUGCCCCGGUUGCCAUCCGAGUGCCUCGAAGGAUCGACAGAGGAAGGACUAGCUAAGAUCACCGAGUUGAAGCACUUUGCAGCAAACACUUCGGCCGGCGUGUGUAUCCCUGUUGCCGUGACCAAGGGAGAAGGGGAUCGCACACUCCAAGUAUCAAGUUUCCCUCACGUUGCCGGUAUGAUGGUGCUAUCGUCUUCGAGUUUGAAUGUGAUCAGCUCCAACUCCGUGUUCUCGUCGGCACUAUUCGGCCAAGAACGUCCAGAGGGCAGGCAUAUCACGGAACUGGUGCCCGGGUUUGAUGAUAUUCUGGAUAUAUUGACCGAGGAGGACAAUGUGCCCUUGGUGGACGGUAUCGUGAUUCCUGAACACAGCUUCCGGCGCGCGCGGACAUUGUCAAUUCUGCGUGAUGGCAAAUCCAAUGCGGCAUCUGUCUUCACGGAGCCCAGCGGUCUGCUGGCUAAGCAUCGGGAUGGAUCGACCAUCGUUGUGGAUAUCCAGUUGCGGGUUGUCAAGAGCGGUAGCUUUUUCUCGAAGGAGCAGGCCGAAAAACUCAGCGAUCUCAGCAGUGACUCGGACGACAGUGACGACACUAUUGCUGUCACGGAGCUGGUUUAUGCCUUGUGGGUCACUUAUUCGCGACAUAUCCAUGCCGCCGGAGCUGCGACGAACCUCUCCGCGGCGUCGUCGCUGCCAACCUCCAAACCUAUGUCUCCAAACCCCAUAUCUACGGCGGAUUUCCCGGCCCCGAUGUCCUCUGGUACGCCGUCUCCGGAUCAGGGCACGCCUUCUGUGGAAAUCCAGGCCCCGACUACGACGCUCAGCCAACAGCUCACGCAGGCCGCGUCGGAGCCGCUGAUCGACCGGUCUGUACAGCCAGUCCCCGAGGUGAAUCUGCUCAAUGCGAAGAAAGAGCCUCCCCAGAAACGGACAAUCAACGACUAUGUGAUUCUGGAAGAAAUGGGCCAAGGUGCAUACGGGCAGGUCAAGCUGGCACGAUUGAAGAAGCAACCCAGCAAGAAGAUGGUGCUCAAGUACGUCACGAAGAAAAGGAUUCUCGUGGAUACCUGGACUCGAGAUCGCCGCCUGGGGACCGUGCCGUUGGAGAUCCACGUGUUGGACUUUUUGCGGCCAGACGGCCUGAAGCAUCCGAAUAUUGUGGAGAUGGAGGGCUUCUUCGAGGACGACAUCAACUACUACAUCGAGAUGAUCCCGCACGGGCUGCCUGGUAUGGACUUGUUCGAUUACAUUGAACUCAAGGCCACCAUGGACGAGUCCGAGUGCCGUAACAUCUUCAAGCAGGUUGUCAGCGCGAUCCACCACUUGCACACCAAAGCGCUGGUGGUGCAUCGGGACAUCAAAGACGAAAACGUGGUGCUGGACGGCGAAGGGCGGAUCAAGUUGAUCGACUUUGGCAGCGCGGCGUACAUCAAGAACGGACCGUUUGAUGUGUUCGUGGGAACGAUCGACUACGCCGCCCCCGAAGUCCUGCAGGGCAAAUCCUACCGUGGCAAGGAGCAGGAUAUCUGGGCUCUGGGGAUUCUGCUGUACACCAUCGUCUACAAGGAGAACCCGUUCUACAACGUCGACGAAAUCCUCGACCACCCACUGCGCAUCCCUUUCCUGCCUUUCUCGGAAGAAUGUAUUGACUUGAUCCGCAAGAUGCUGGACCGCGACGUCGACAACCGACUAACUGUUACUGAGGUGCUCGAACAUCCGUGGAUGCUGCGCACAUGA